ACUCUUCGAUCCUCUCGCGCCUUGUCAUCAACCUCCAAUGAGUCUAUCGACGGAAACGCCCGGAGACGACCUUUGCUUUGUAAAGACAGUUUCGAAGAACGAGGAUCCAGUCCUCGAUGGACUUUCACUUCUUCUCGUGGUUGAGACUCUAUGAGAAUUCAUAUCGACAUCUACUUUUUGGCCUAUUUCAAACCACAUCCUCACUAGUUCCAAAAAGAUCUCAGUAUGGAGCCAUUUAAUGAACAGGAGAAGCGGCAUCUCCUCGCCGAAAUAAUCAAACACAGUCAAUUAGAUGUCAAAUACUUGGAGCCUGUAGUUCGUCAUAUCGAGCCAAAUUGGAUGCAAAUGCAACUCCCGAAUGGCCGCAACAUGGCUCAGUGUAUGGAGACAGCUCAGAGCAUGUACAUAGGACAGCGUGGGACAAAACGGAAAGCUAGCGAAGAAGAACCAAGCACUCAGAACAACAGCGACGGCCAAUUACCCAGUAACCAAACACUCUCUCUUCUGUCUCAAUCUUCUCCAACGCAGAACUCACCGGCAAACUUCCAACGCCAACCCGCUAUGACUCCCGGACCCCAUUUGCAACAAUCUCAGCAACCUGAGCAGCCUCCCAAGAAGAAAAAGGGUCGUCCGGCAUAUGCAGGUCGGGACGUGACUAGCCAGCGACCUUUCAACCCUCGACCUAUCGCUCCAAAACCAUCUGCACAAACUCUACAGAAUGCUCACUCGGCUUUUCGUCCUAUUGCUCCGGCCCCUCAUGUUGUUCUCUCACCACGCCCCCCCGGAUCAUUGCAUAAUACCUACAGAGGUCUGAACCGUGCACCUCCCGUGGAGUUUCACAAUGCGCCCAGUGAUUUAGACCCUCAUCGGUCGUCUACCACAUCGUCCGCUGGAGCCCUUCAGCCAAACCAGCCAGCAGGAAUUCUAGACAAUAUACUGUGAAGCGGUACCGCUCGUGAAAAAGCAAGAAGAUUUUCCAAACAACCGAUCAAGCUCCUUGCAGCCGAUUGGAACUGACGACCAAAACCGUACGAUGCAAAGCAAAGCAUCGGAUCAGAUGCAAGAAACAAAAACAAACUCGGAUAAGGAGAUCACAAAUUGACGUCAGAGAAAGAGUUAGGGCUAUGGGACCAACAGUUCUUAAUGAACAAAUGAGAGAGAACAAGGCUUUUCCCCGAUCGCUCGCGGGAGAAUUGGUACGACAAUGCUGAGCAAGGAUGUUAAUGACGAUUUAAGGGUAACGAGAACGGCAUAGACAAGGGCCAAUGAUAAGAGAGCAGCUGGAUUGACUCUCACGUAAUCUGUUCAAAGCAGGGAGACUAAUAGACAUGAACUUGAGGACAUCUUCAUGACCGUAUACGGGCACCA